AUGGCGGCGCAGGCAGACCGCGGAGUACCGCUGAGUACGCUUUGCCCUAAGUUUCUUCACACCAAUUCCACCAGCCACACCUGGCCCUUCAGUGCCAUAGCUGAGCUCAUAGACAAUGCCUAUGAUCCUGAUGUCAGUGCCAAACAUUUCUGGAUCGAUAAGACUGUGGUCCAAGGACAAGAAUGCCUCAGCUUUAUGGAUAGUGGAAACGGUCUGAACCUUGAAACCAUUCAUAAGAUGCUCAGCUUUGGCUACAGUGACAAGACGGCUCUUAAGGGUGUGAAGCCAAUCGGUAUGUAUGGUAACGGGUUCAAGUCUGGCGCCAUGCGUCUUGGAAAAGACGCCAUCGUCUUCUCCAAAUCAAAGACAACUUCCUGCGUCGGGAUGCUCUCCCAGACCUACCUGAAAGAAAUCGACGCCAAGCAAAUCAUUGUUCCUAUUGUCUGCUUUCAACAGAGUCAGACAAAAUCAUUUAGAGUUGCAGAGGAGCAGCAUGCCAGUCUGACGGACAUUUUAAAGUAUUCCCCAUUUAAGACACAGGAAGAGCUGCUAAAAGAGAUCGAAACCAUCAGUUCCUCUUUCUCUGAAAGUAAAACUGGCACAAGGAUCAUCAUCUGGAACCUCCGCGGGACAUCUACUGAAACAACAGAGUUUGACUUUGAGACGGACCGUUAUGAUAUCCGAAUUCCUACUGAUUUCUACGAGGAGAUGAAUGAAACUGCUCAACCUGGCAGGAUCGCUUCACACAUCCCUGAGAGCUUUUACUCUCUUCGGGCAUACUGCAGAAUUCUCUACCUGAAACCACGGAUGCAGAUCAUCAUACGUGGUGUAAAGGUGAAAUCUCAGCUAAUUGAAAAGAGCCUUGCCUUCGUAAGAAAGGAUCUCUACAAGCCGACUUUCCUGAACUCCAAACCCAUCCGUAUUACUUUUGGUUACAACACUAAAAGUAAAGACCAGUACGGCGUCAUGAUGUAUCACAAGAAUCGGCUCAUCAAAGCAUAUGAGCGUGUUGGCUGCCAGCUAAAGGCCAACAACAAAGGUGUCGGGGUGAUUGGAGUCAUAGAGUGCGGCCUCUUUCUGGAACCAACCCACAACAAACAGAGCUUCAAUGAGACGGAUAAGUACAGGAAAACUAUGACCAAUUUGGGAAUCAAACUUGAAGAGUAUUGGCAGGAAAUCCGUCACAGGAGACAAACUGAGGAUCCAAAUAACAACAUACCUGUAGAGGACACAACUAAGAAACCGGAUCAAAACUGGGUUCAGUGUGAUGACUGUAUGAAGUGGCGCAAACUUCCUGAUGGGAUUGACCCCAGCAAACUACCAGAUAAAUGGUCCUGCCAUUUGAACCCAGAUCCUCAGUACAGGAGCUGCAAAAUGCAGGAGGAAGCCGAGGACUCUGAUGAUGAUAUGCCUGCAUACCGAAAGACUUACAAACAACAAGAGAGGGUUCUUAAAAAGAAUCAAGAGAUGAGAAGAAAAAGGGAGGAAGAGCUGCGUUUGGCUGAACUCGCCAAGCAAAACCAGGCCCUUCAACGGCAAAAAGAAGAUCUGCAAUGGGAGCUUCAGCUGCGAGAUAUAACCUCAAAUUCCCCGUCCACCAGCACUAACAUGAGGAGACAAGGGGGCGCUGCAGGAGCUCGCAGCUCCCCUAGUAGCAAUGGUCUUCCAGUCAUUUCUAGCGUAUGCUCAUUAUCAUCUGCCCCCAUGAGGGGUAAAAGACCACAACCAGGUACUCCACAAACAACACCAAAGAGGCCGCGAGUUAACGGGCUCCACAGAAACCCCUCUAGUCCAUCUUUAUUAGAAGAUGGCUCAAACUCCCCAUCUUUGCUUGUAAAUGAUGAUGAUGAUGAUGAAACUGACGAUGACAUCCUUAUCUUGGAGGAUGAGAGUACACCCAAACCUAAAAAUCCUGCUUUUGAUUUAAAGAGAGUAAAAACAGAACAAGGGCAAAGUGACGCUAAUGUCGGCAUGCUUUUGGAGUGCACUGAUGAUGCCGCAGUAGAUGUUGCCAUGGAGACAAGUGAUGUAGCAACAGAUGCUGCUGAUACUAGCCCACCUCCACAGCACUCCACCAGCACAACUCAGACAGAAGUACCCAAGGUGAAGACUGAAAAGGAGUCUCAAACACUGACUGAAGGGGAGGAGGAGGCAGGGCAGAGCACAGCAGAAAAACAGGAGAGAGAAAAGAGUAAGGAUGUUGAUGUGGAUGUCAGCAGCACUGAGAACAAUCAUUUAGAUAAUAAAGGAGAUGCAGGACCUUCUUGUGCAGAUGCCUUUGAUAAAAGCGCCUCUGAUUAUCCCAGUAUUAUUGAGGUACAGGCGCAGCAGGACGAGCUCCUAGAGCUCAUGUCUUCCACAGCCCAGGAGAGAGACUCGUUUAAAGACCAGGUCCACAGUCUUACAUGCCAGCUGCAGGACAUGCGGAGCGAACUUGAGGAGCUGACUCGGCUCAAAGUGAAAAGGGAGUGUUCUCACCAGGCCAGCCAGACCGAGGAAACCGUGGAGGAGGGCUGCUACAAAAGUCUGUUUGAGAAAGCCAAACAGAAAGUUGAUGAACUGAUUAAAGACAAAGAGCAUUUACUGUCAGCCACUGAGAGCAAACCUGGUACUACACAAGGUGAAGAGAAGGAAAUGGAUGAGUUAGCGGUGCAGGUUGACACUCUGCUGAGAGAGCUGGAUGAGAGAAACAAGGAGAGGGAUGAACUGCGCUCACAGUUGGACAGACUUGAGGAGGAGAGAGCGAACCUGGCAUCCCAGUGUGAAGAGCUCAGGUUGAGUCUGCAGCAGCAGAGAGAAAACAUCCAAGACAAAGGCGCGUCUCCUCACAGCCCGACUGACUCUUCAGCAGGCGCAUGUCCGAAAGAGAACGGAGCGACAGACUCAAGAUCAGAUGCAUCUAGAAGUUUGAUUGAACUUCGACACAACAUCGGGCGUCUCCUCGUCUCCUACGUGCCCGCUCUGGACCUGAGCCAAGUGAACUAUGAGUGUAAUGUAAUCGAUGAGAUCCUGGAGCAGGUGCUCUGUGAUAACAGCUCUAUCGAACCGAUGGGGCUGAACCAAAAAUCAAUGCAAUAAUUUAUCAGAGAUUUUGGCAUCUGAGGCAAAAACAGAUUUCUUACAGUGUUAGGCCAGCCACACACUAGACGAGUUUUUAAUCUGAAACUAUUUUAAAACUGUGGUAGACCCCAGACAUGAGGACAAUUUCCAAAGAUUUUUCAUCUUCA